AUGUAUUAAAAAGGUUAAUAAUUAUUAUUAAUUUAAGCAAAUUCAUUAAUUUAAUUAAAUAAGUUAUAGGAUGCAUAAUAAAUCUACUAAGAAAUAAUUUCAAUUAAUCCAAAACAUGAAAUAUCUUUAUAAAAAUUGGGUAUUUUGAUAAUUAUAAUAUUAAGGUGAUAUCUUAUUAAAUUAAAAGUUUUAUUUGUAAGCUUAACAGUAUUAUGAAAAAUUUAUUUCAAUAAAUUUAAAUAAUUCAAUAGUCUAAUUUGGAAUAGGUUUUAUUUUUAUUAAUUAUCUUAAGGGGAAUGUUUAAGAUAAACUUAUUAAUAUAAUCAUGCUUUAUAAUACUAUCUAAAAGCCAUUUAAUUAGAUUCAUCUAAUAAAGAAUUUUUUUAUUAUUAUGGUAAAAUUUCAAUCUUUAAAUUAUUAAGGAGAUUGUCUAAGUUCAUUAUAAAGAUAUCAAGAGGCUAUUGAUAUAUAUGAUUAAGUAUUAAUCAAAGAUCAAAAUCAUGUAGAUGCAAUUGCAGGAAAAGGUAUCAAAAUAAUAUAUUAAAUAUUUAAAGGAAUAUGUCUAUUAUAAAUAGAGUACUUUAUAAUUAUUGGAUAUUUAGGUAGGAUUGAUGAAGCAUAAAUAAAUAUAUAAAAGUCAUUAAAUUGAAAAACAGUUGUUUAUUAGGAUUAUAUGGAUAUGGUAAAAUUUGAGUGGAAUAUGUUAGGAAUUUAUUUAUUGUUUAUUGAUUAAAAAGAAGAAGCUAUUUAAUAUUUUGAUCAAGCUUUGGCCAUAAAUCCAUAACAUGUGAAUUCAUUAUGG